AUGCCGCUGUACGGAAGGCUCGAGCCGUUCGAGGGAGACGGGUCCGCCUGGCCCAUCUAUGAGGAGCAAGUUCACGUGUUUUUCCGCGCUAACGACACGCCCGAGGAGAAACAGCGGGACAUUUUCCUGGCAAGUUGCGGAACCCAAGUCUUCAGUCUCCUGCUCGACCUCCUAAAGCCGGCUACACCGCAUACCAAGACGCUCAGCGAGCUGCUCACUACCCUGCGCUCGCACUUCAGUCCGGCGUCGUCCACGCUAAUGGAGCGUUUCCGCUUCAACAACCGGAGCCGCCGGGAAGGGGAGAGCCUCGGGCAGUUCGUCGCCGCGCUACGAGGUUUGGCGAGUACCUGCGCUUUCGGGGACCAGCUGGACUCGCUGCUACGGGACCGUUUCGUCUGCGGCAUAAACAGCCCCGCCAUGCAGACACGUCUCCUGGAACUUCCCGACCCCUCGCUGGACGACGUGGUGAAAGCAGCGCUGGCGAUGGACGCGGCGACAAAAGACGCCGGCGAGAUUGCGCGUGCGGGCGUCAACAGAAGCGGCGGUCAACAAGAUGGUGGCAAGGGACGGUAUAUGCAGUCGCUGCGGUGA